GUGUCCUUAUUCUAACUAUUAUUUUCCCGUAUCCAACCAUGUCGAAUAACAUUCCAGCAGCGGCACAGGCAGAUCUAAUGGAGAAGGAGAAACUUGUUGUGGAACACCAACAACGAGUUGAGACUCUUCAGAAUGCUGUAAAGACGAUGGCCACCCGUCAGAUAUCCUUGAAAAGAGAUAAACGUCGCUCGGAAAUUACUGUUGGCGAGCUAGCCAAGCUCAAAGCGGGGCACACUGUGUACCGUGGCAUAGGGCGUGCUUUCAUGCGUACACCUGUUGACAAGCUCAUUAAGGUCAACGAUGAGAUCAUUAAGCAGUGUGAGGCUGAAGAACAUCGAAUCUCCAAUGAGAAGCAGCGCACGUCGGAAGUGAUGUCGAAGGAGGAGGGUGAGCUUCGACGAGCGGUUGAGGACUACCGUGUAGCAGUUCAUUUGAUUCAAGUGGCAAGUGGCCAGUCACAACAAAGGUGAUAGCUUUCUCUCUCUUUAAGAAAAGACAUCAUAAAAAGGAAGGGGUAUCUUAAAGUCCUUGAAAGGGAUGUGGACACAACAACGGUAACAAUCAAAGGAUAAUGUAUUAGCGCCUAUUCAAAGUCUUCCCAUAACCCUUCGGUUGUUCUAGCCUUCGCUAUGUGUUCAGUUGAAAUAAAUUAACGUCAGGAUUUCAACGUGAGUGGAGGGAUUGGAUGAGGAAUUUGAUAAGAACCUGUGCACCGAUUUACCCAU